CUUUCCUCCGCAGACGGUAGACCGCAGUGCGUGAGCUUGCCGCGUAUCCUGGUGAGAACUGAAUUUGGAGCAGCAGUCCGCUCAGAUCAUCGUGUGGCUCGCGUUAGUCCUAGAUGUUAGGGCGUGCAUGCUUCUGUUGUGUGUGUGACUUAACCCGCUACGUCCCUUCCUUCAGUCGUGGGAGUGUCUGUUUCAGAUGAGUUAGGUAUCAGAAGGAUGGAUCUGCGGGAGGGCAAAGACAGUGCCAUGUCGCGCAGCGAGUCUACGGUCAGCCGCCAAACACCGCACACACCCUUCGGUCCACCGGACAGCGUCAGCGUAGACUCCAACCCAAUGCCCACCAUAUACCGAUGCCGAGCACCCAUUGCGUCACUGGACUGUAUGGACGACUUCAGCACUCACUCGGCUCUGCACUUAUUUCAGCCAGCUAGCUGGAACAAUAUGUCUCGUCAUGCAUCGGUAUACAUGGGUAACCACGCAAGUAUGCCAUCAUCAGUUACUCCAGGACUUCGUUACAAAAACUUGGGCAAGUCAGGUCUGCGGGUGCCCAAUAUCGGCCUCGGCCUGUGGACUAUGCUUAACGAAGACGUUGCUGAAGACCUUGUCAUGACAGCUCUUGAUAGUGGCAUUAAUUUGUUUGAUUUGUCGGAAGCACAUUACGCCCAAGGCGAAGUAGAUUUGGGAAGAAUUCUGAAAAAGAGGAACGUGAAACGAUCCAGCGUCAUUAUUACAAUAAAGGUUUAUUGGAGUACGAAAUCUGACGAACGAGGUCAGUCUCGAAAGCACAUUAUAGAGAGUGUAAAGUCGUCUCUUGCGAAACUACAACUGGAGUAUAUAGACGUUAUCCUUCUACAUAAAGUGGACCACGUUUGUCCAAUGGAAGAAUUGGUGCGAACCAUGAACUACCUCGUGAAUCAGGGUUAUGCGAUGUACUGGGGGACAGCGCGCUGGACGCCAUCUGAGAUAAUGGACGCGUACUCGAAGUGCCGGGCUUUCAAUUGUUGCACGCCAGUUGUGGAGCAAACUGAGUACCAUAUGUUUUGCCGUGACAAGACCGAACUAUACAUGCCCGAGCUGUAUCAUAAAAUUGGAGUGGGCACUAUGGUGUGGUCUGCACUCACUACAGACAAGGGUAUGAGUCACGAGGAGUUAACAGGACUAUUUGCCAAGUCUCGAUUUAACCGGAAAUACAGCACCUUCAGCUGGUGGGAAGAAGAACUGGCUGGCACUGAUGUAAGUAAAGAACCUGAAAACAAGGAAUCUUCAACAACAGAAGAAUUACGUAGUUACAAGGAAAAACUGCAAGCUUUAUCAGACCUAGCAAACGCCUUAAACUGUUCUAUACGUCAAUUAUCUUUAGCUUGGUCUCUAAAAAAUGAAAACGUAAACUGUUUACUUCUUGGAGCCACAAGUGUUGAGCAAUUCAAAGAGAACAUACAUGCUCUGCAGAUCGUACCACAAUUGUCUCCUGCCGUGAUAGUGGAUAUCGAGAGGAUUCUUGCGAACAAACCUCAGCGCCCACCAAUGAUUUCCACAUUGGCCAUGAGAAAUCUACAGAAUGCUAAACCAGAUUCUGUUGAUGGUGCGGAGACACCAAAAGAAGAGGACGUAGAAGCCAACGUUGCUAGCCCUGAGAAGGAGGCAGACGUAAAGGGUUGUGCGGUUCAAUGAUCCUGGUGGAAAGGAAGCUCCGACAUGGCUUCCAAGUCUAGUAAAUCUAAGGACUCGCUGCUGAAGGACACAAAGCCAAAGUUCUUUUUAAAUAAUGCCGGUGAGGUUAUCCGGCGCGUGGAACAGGAUGGUGUGACCUCAGAUACAGUAGUGUCUGUAUCUUCCUUGAAGGGCAAGCAGCCGGCUUCGGGAGGCAGCAAGGUAAAGAAGUCUAAGUCGGAUUCGUCCCGGUCUCGCUCUGCUUCGCUGCAGCGCUCCUCGUCAGGGCAGCUGUCCGGCUCCCGAGAUCGCAAGAUGUCAAGAUUUAAUCUGGGAUCACCUGCUGACGUGUGAUUAGAAAAUAUCAAUUUGGAGCUGGGGUUGAAUUUUUAUUAUUAUUAGGGGUAACUUUUAGUUGCUUGGUAUUCACGAAGGUGCCAUAAUAUGAAAAAGUAACUAUUAAGACUAAAGAUGGAAAGUUAAAUAUUGCUUUAGUAUUAUUAAGGUAAUUAAGCAAAUUAAAAAAGUAUUUUUAUGUUGGCGCUUGUAAGUCUUCCUUAAACAAACCCGGUUUUCUCUCUUAUCUUAGUGAAAAAGCAAUAUUGAGAAAGAAUUUACUUAAGGAAAGAAGAUUGAGUCGAUCUGGAGAUAUUUCAGUUAACACAUACAGUUUCACACCUAUCUUUACCUACAACUUGGUAAGAUUUUUCAUCAUGUCUUCUCUGAUUGACUGCACUCCUUACAUUACCUAAACUGUCUCCCACACAAAAUUGUUGAAAACGAGUGCCUUGUACAGAUGGAGUGGGAAUAAUAUUAUAAGUAGUUUAUAAAAACUCAUUUAAUUAAUAUUUUUAUAUUUUGAUGUAAAUGCUAAAUUGUUGCUUCCAAUAAAGAUUGUAAUUAAGUAUUUUGGUCAGUUAACAUAGCCUAAAGUAGCUUCGUAAUACUAUAAUCUAUUACACAACAAACACAAAGAACCUAAAUACUCAUAUAUUAUUGAAGUAUAUUCAUAUCUAAGUUAUGUAUAUUCCUAUAACAUUACAAUAUUUCCAAAUACUACGAGCUACCAGGCGAUGGUUUAAUCUUCUUGUGAAAUAGACUGUAAUAUAUCUAACUUUUUUUCGUGCUGUAGUGCAAUUACCUGUCUACACAUCAAUACAUACACAAUAGAAGGUUAUAUAAAAUUUAGAAUAACAGAUAUAUAUAAUAUAUUGUUUUUGAUAUCGGAUAUAUAUGAUAAUAUAUUGGAAACUAUUAUACAUUUACAAUAAAACUCUUUAUCAUAAAUAAAAAUUGCUAAUAUUUCACAUAAAAUAUUAUUUUGCUAUUAGCUUAGCAAAAGCCACGCCAGUAUAUAAUGUUCAUAAUGUUUGUCACAUUGACCCUAGGCCCCAAUUGUAAACUUUACACUGGUUCCGAAAUCUAAUAAA